AUGGACCAGUCGUCACAGCAGGACAGUCCUCUGUCGAUUGCGGCCAAUGUCGCCGGAAUCCUCACGUUUGUCGUCGCGAUUGUUGCAGCGGUGUACGUCCGAAUUACAUACCUGCGCAACAGCGACGACGAGUAUUUUCGCGUCAAGGCCUCGCUGUCCUGGUUUAAGACGGAAUCAACAUGGCUCUCGGACCUGAUUCGGACAGCCGGUGAAAGAUCAGGAGGUCCUCAUCCUCACCAACCUGAAUACCAGAUGUACGCCUUCGUGAUGGAUGACUUGAUCAAGCUGGAAAAGCGUAUCCUGGAACUGCUGGCUGAGGCCGAGACGAAGGCUGCGGGCCAGGAUGCCGAAAAUCAGGGUAAAUGGACUCUCGUUCCCAAGAGUUGGAGCUUCACGACCAAUGUCGCCAUGGCUUGGCUGCCGGUCCGAACCAAAACGCUAGAGUUGGUUCGCCAGAGGGAAGCAUUGACGGCACGAGUGCAAUUCACGCAAAUGAGCAUGAUUUCUUCCCGAAUUCGAGAUUUGGAAUCAAGGACCACGUGGAUGGAGGCCAAGUCCGAAGAGAGCUUUAUUCGUAUGGAGAACCAGAUUGCUGAGCAGAGAGCCCAGAUCCAUCGGCUGGAGGAUCUCGUCUAUCGCCUAAUGCACCGAAGUCGGCUCAGUCACGGCCCUGAUUCACCGUUGACCGACGCCGUCAAGUCGCGCCGGUUAUCCAGUCCUUCGCAACAAUUUCCGAGCGAGCUGACGAAGCGAGGGCACCACCGGCGGGCAAGCUCGGUGUCCACCAAGCGGUCGAGGUCCAAAUAA